AUGACUGCCUCACAGAUUCAGAGCUCUGGCCCCAUUGAAAGCUCCACUACCAGCGUCCAGGUCGAUAUCGACCUUCCCCAGAUCGCCGUUGUUGGAUCGCAAAGUGUCGGCAAGUCCUCGUUAAUCGAGGCCAUCUCUGGCAUCACCCUUCCCCGCGCUUCAGGUACAUGCACCAGCAAGGGCCAACUCCUCGGCCAAGCGCGCAACGAGGCAUUCGGUCCCACCAUAUUUGACAAGUCGGAAGUAGAACAUCGCAUCCGGCGCGCCCAGCUUGCCAUCUUGAACCCAAACCAACCUCCUCGUGUCGUCCUCGAAAGCGAUGACGAGGAAUUUGAAGAUUCGCUUACUUUUUCUAAUAAUUGUGUAUCGUUGAAAAUCAGUGGGCCGGAUGUUGCAGACUUGUCUUUUGUUGAUUUGCCUGGUAUGAUUGCGAGCGGGGGCCAACCCGGCGACAAAGAACUCAUUGAAUCUCUCAUCACGUCGUAUAUCAAGAGGCCCAGCACAAUCGUGCUUCUGGCUGUCGCCUGUGAAACCGACUUUGAGAACCAAGGUGCCCAUUCCAUUGCCAAACUCCAUGACCCCGAGGGCAAGCGUACCAUAGGCGUACUCACCAAGCCCGACCGUAUUCCCACUGGCGAAGAGUCGAGCUGGUUGCCCUACAUUCUUGGAGAUCGUGAGGUUCUCGAGAAUAACUGGUACUGCGUCAAGCAGCCCAGCUCCAACGACCUCAAGAAGAAUAUGACUUGGGAAGAAGCUCGCCAAGCUGAGGAUGUGUUCUUCAGUACUACCGCUCCCUGGUCUGAAUUGGAUUCAUGCUAUCAUCGCUAUCUGCGCACAUCCAACCUCGUCGAACAGCUCAGCUUCGUUCUGUCGGACCUCAUUAACAAACGUCUCCCUCAAAUCCAAGAAGAACUGGAUAAGGCGAUCCUCAAGGCUCGAGAAGCGCUUCAAGGUCUCCCUCCUCCACCCUCCUCCAACCCAUUCAACGAAGUCGUGUCCAUGCUCCACCGGUUCACGGACGACCUCAAGCACCAUGUUGUCUCGGGUGUCCCGCAGGCCAACGGUCUUCUCCAGGCGAUCCGACCGGCUUUGAUGAAAUUCAGGAAGGGUAUCAAGGAUACGGCUCCUCGUUUCCACCCAUGCGAGAAGAAGGUUUCGUCGACCACUACAUUCGUCCAGCCUCGCUUUUUGGAUAAUGAAGAGGGAUCGAGUGAGGCUGAUUGGACGCCCGUUGCUGGUAGUGGGGAUGGGGUUAUUUAUGUUGAUCAGGUUCUUGCGAGGGCUCACGAUGCGCGUGCCCGAGAGUUGCCAGGGCAUGUCCCAUUUGUCGUCCGGCGAACGUACAUCGAGGAGAUUGUCCAUCAAUGGCGUAGGCCUGCACUGGAACUGAUCCAGACUAUCUACGCAUUGCUGGCGCGGUACAUCAAGGACAUCGUCAACGCCCACUUCUCGGAGUUUGGUCAAGGACUUUUGGAGCAACGAGUCAAGACAAUCGUCCACAAUCAAAUCAACGAGUGCCUGGCUAGGGCCCAAGCUCGCGUGGACUGGUUGAUUGAAGUCGAGACCCUCCCGUUCACACUCAACACGCACUAUUUGUCUGAUUACAAGGGCAAGUUCUUGGCCUUCUACAAGGCUACCAGGGAGAAGCACGCUCGAGGACAUAUCAGUCGACAUAUUGAAGAGUAUUUGAAUCGAGAAAAGGAUGAGUACUCUGAGCGGGAGGGGGAGUGGGGUAUUGAAAAGGUUUUGCAGGGGUUGAAUGAGAUUGGGAUACGGGAUGCUUCACCGGAAGAUGUUUUCAAGAUGCUGCCGAUCGACGAGAUGGAACCCGCUAUUGAGAUUAUGGCCGACGUUCGGGCGUACUUCCAGGUCGCCUACAAACGAUUCGCCGACAACGUCCCUCAAGCCGUCGACUACGAGCUCGUCCGGGGUAUCGAACGCAAUAUUCUUUCCGUUCUCUACUCCCGACUCGGUAUAGACGGGCCUGAAGGACACCGUAUCUGCAAGGAGUUGGCGCAUGAGAAUCACCAUGUUGCUGCGAAGCGCAGGGAUUUGGAGAAGAAGCUGGAGAGGUUGGAGACUGCUAUGGCAGAACUUUUGGAUGUUGAAUCCACGAUGGCAACGGCGGGUUGCCAAUGCUAG